AUAUUGCCGCUUUGUGUGACGUCAUCUGGAAGUGACUCGUGAUAGAAGAGAGAGCAAAGUAUUCCGUCGGAUUAAUAUGAAGUGACGAAUUAAACAGUCGUGUGAGGUGUUUGAAUGUUCACGCGCCGUCUUUUAAGGACACAAUGCCGAUGUCUCUGGUGUUUUUUACUUUAAUAUGUCUGCCCACGUUUGGACAAGCGUCACUGCCGCUGGUUAUCAACACAUGGAGCUUCAAGAAUGCGACGGCUGCUGCGUGGGCGGUCCUGCAGUCCGGCGGCUCGGCGCUGGACGCCGUGGAAAAGGGGUGCGACCGCUGCCAAAAAGAGCAGUGCGACGGCAGCGUGGGCUACGGCGGCAGCCCGGACGAGAACGGCGAGACCACGCUGGACGCCAUGAUCAUGAACGGCAACACAAUGGAGGUGGGUGCCGUGGCCAACCUGAAGAGAAUCAAGAACGCCAUCGGCGUAGCCAGAGCAGUGAUGGAGCGCACACAGCACACCAUGCUGGUGGGCGAGUCAGCGACGGUGUUCGCGGAAAACAUGGGCUUCAUCGGAGAGGACCUGACCACCGUCAAGUCGUUGGAUAUUUUCACGCAGUGGAUGAAGGGCAGCUGCCAACCUAAUUACAGAAAGAAUGUUUUUCCCAAUCCCUCCAAAUCGUGUCGUCCCUACAAGCGUCUCGCGGAGCUGGGACCGAAAAAGCGACUUUCUACUAAUAUUCGCUCCCAUGACACCAUAGGUAUGAUUGCCUUUGAUCAAGACGGUCACCUGGCGGUGGGGACGUCCACUAAUGGGCUCACUCAUAAAGUUCCAGGUCGAGUUGGGGAUUCUCCUAUAGUCGGGGCGGGGGCGUACGCUGACAUCUCGGCCGGAGCCGCCGCCGCGACCGGAGACGGGGACGUCAUGAUGCGUUUCCUGCCCAGUUACUUGGCGGUGGAGCUGAUGAGAGCCGGGACGGAUCCCUCGGCAGCUUGCAAGACGGCCAUUUCCAGGAUUAAAAGGCAUUACGCGGACUUCUUCGGGGCGAUCAUCUGCGCCAACGCGACAGGCCACUAUGGCGCAGCUUGUAACAAGGUGCCCGGCUUAUUGCAGUUUCACUACAUGGUGUCAGACGGUGAGUCUGUUGCGCCGCUUCUCAAGUCGGUGGACUGCUUUUAAUUAUUUUUUUUUUCCUGAACUCUUAAGAUAUUGGAGACAUGAAUUGACCACAAUAAAGUAAAAAUUGUGAUUUUUA